AUGUCUUUUUAUUACUCUGCUCCAUCUUUCUAUUCCUUCCACUAUGUCCCACGGACCAAUCGUCUUAAUCAUGACCAGAAGAAAUCCUUGGAUAACUAUUCUCGCUAUAUGGCUGAAAAAAUGAUUGAGAUCCAAGACCAGUAUUACUAUGAAUCCCAAUUAGCCGAAUAUCGAGUAUACAGCUCGGACUCUGAAGUCUCCACCUCGUGUUCCAGUCCGAUUACCUCUAGCCCACCUCCAAUGCUCGUCCCAAAUCCAUUCUACAAUCCGGAGCUUGCCAAGCAGAUCUUGGCUGAACGACAGAAGAAGCAGAUGGCAUCCAAACCAACCCAACCAAUCUCACCAACUGGAGUCAAGCUUGUCCCAAAUCCAUUCUACAAUCCAGAACUCGCCAAGCAGAUCAUGUCCAAGAAGUCUACGUCCAAGAAGUUAUAA